AUGGCCAACUCAAAUGCUGCAAGUGAUCCUCUGUAUUAUGAUGUCAGUCCAGAACACGAGCGUUAUACACGUUUAUUUUUAAUAUUUUCUGGUUUAAUAUGUGUAACAUCAAUAAUAUGUGCAAUUGUAAAAGCUCAAGAAGAAAAAAAAUUUUAUAUUAUUCUAAUUAGUUUAGUUGCAUCUAUAUUUUUUGUUGUAUGUAUUUAUUUGUUUUUUAAACGACGAAUUCUUCUAGCUGAAAAACUUUGGUUUGUUAAUUUAACAAUAUCUGUUUUAUUUUUACAAGCAUUAAUUUAUUUAAUAUUUGUUUUUAUUAAACCAUAUCCUACUCCUAUUAUAACAACAACAAUAUCAACAACACUUUUUCCAACAACAACAUCUAAUGGAAGUAAUACCACUAAUAUAACAACAACAACAGCUGUUACAAGAAUAGCAAAGACAUAUUUAUGGGAUAAACAAAUUUUCUUAACUAAAUUAUAUGAACAUAUUGAAGAUAGUUGA